GGGCGGUGCUGAGAGGAGGAGCCUGAGAGCGGUGCCGGACCGCCGUGAGGACUGCGUGAGAGCACCGCCCCUUCCUGGCGGCCGCCAUGUUCCUGCAGAGGGCGCUGCGCCUGCGGGGCCGUUUUAGAAUGGGAAAUAGGCUGCCCACCUCUGUCGAGCUGUCUGAUGCUGCUGCUGUGAAUCAGAUCCAGGAGGUAAUCUCAGGCAACUGCGUGGUGAUUUUCUCUAAAACAACAUGCUUCUACUGCAGAAUGGCAAAAAAACUUUUUGAGGGUUUAAACGUCGAUUACACAGCUGUAGAACUGGAUGUGAAUAAAAAUGGAAGCCAGUUUCAAGACAUUCUUGAACAGAUGACGGGUGGCAGAACAGUCCCAAGAGUGUUUGUUAAUGGGACUUUUGUUGGAGGUGCUACAGAUACUCAAAGACUUCAUGAAGAAGGCAAGCUGCUCCCAUUAAUUCAUCAGUGUCAAGUGAAAACAAACUCUGGAACUACUAUUUAGCCUCAGUUAUCUUUUAUAUAAAAUGGGUAAAAAUUCAGACAAGUUAAAAAAAUCACUAAGAUGUACUGCAGCAGCUGGGCUUAAGCAGCUUCAGACUGUGCUUUUUUGAGUCUCAAGUGAUUCUCUGACACAGACUUCACCGAACUGACAAAUUUGUCUUCUUGCCUCAGCUUUACCACAACCACAGUGGCAGUUAACAUUAUGUAUCUCUUGGAACCCAGG